AUGUCGCUGGCCGCAGGCUGCCUUCGAGACUUGCGACAGCUCUGGCGUCAGGACGAAGACGAUCCUUCGCGCCUAAUUCCUCGAAUUUACGCCGAGCUCAAUGUCCUGCAAGGGGGCCUGCUGCCACUACUGCUCAAGGCGGUCGAGCUCGGGGAACGAGGCAUGAAGAUUGCUUUGGCUUGCGUGGACCUGAUCACGACUUUGACAUGGCCUGUGGACGCAAUGGCCGAGUUGAGAGCAGCGAGGGAGCAAGACGAAGACGAUCAUCGCAUAGCUGAGCUCUCAAAGAUCAUUAUACUGGAGCGCGCUCUGCAGCGCUACAAGGGUGACAUACUCAUCACACGCCUUGGCGAGUCUCAUGGGUCGAAACGUGAUGUGCUCUCCACAAUCAUGAUGCACGUGCUCCUGCCAGCCCUUUCCAAGCCUCGUCCAAACCGCACUGACAGAGACACUGGCACGAUCAGCAUGUGUAUGCACCUCUUCCGGAAUCUUCUGGCUAUCAGGGAUCCCCAAGCUACAGCUUUGAGCAGUGCUGACGUCAUCGCUGCUGCCAGAACCCAGAGCGACCUGAUCGUAUCUAUGCACUCGGCACAUAUCCUGGACGCGAUACUCACCAUGGCUAGUGGAGCAGAAACGCGAGAUCUCGAGCCUUGGAGUAGCGUUGCCGGGGAGUGCAUUUACCACAUUUACUCGGGCACUCGACCUGCAGCAUUGGUCGGCGACCUUUCAGGCAUCGCACCCGAGUCGACUGAAGCUGAGGACGCUGCCUCAACACUGUCACGGAGGCCCCCGCUCACCUCUCUCGACAACAAACCUAUCCGGCCAUCUGCGCUUGCCUCCUCCUUGGAUGGCGAGGCUCGUCAAAAGAAGUCGCAGUUGCUAGCAACCGGAAAUACCCGUCACUCUCGCUUUGGAACUGCGAUCAACUUCACAGGCUCAGACGGCCAGCGAAGAGUAUCGCGACAGCAGAACGCGUUUCGCAAGACGGCUGACGAACUUAUGACCGAGACGUUGCUCAAGUACAAGCGCAAAGUCCGUAGACGCAAGAAUGCUAAUGAGCAGGGAGCGCCGCGUCACAAGUCCGAGUGGACCAAGCAUGCGAAAGCGGUGCUGCUCGUGUGGACAGAAAAGUUCUUUAGACUGGGAUUUGAGCCGCUCACGCGUGCUGUGCUCAAGGACAUUCGACGCGAGAGCGCCAAGGUCGGCAACAUUGAAGAGGCGCGUGUCCGGGCUAUGGAGAUGUCUGUCUUCUUCUUGGAUUACUUCUUGAUGCAACACUCAGCAGAGGCGCGACGAUUACGUGAGCGAAAAGACCGCGAGAAAGCCAUGCGAGCAGCAGACAAAGGCAAAGGCCGCGCUGUGGACACCGACAAGGAUGCUCAGCAACAAGGGGUCCACGAUCACGAGGCGCAGACAGAUGAUGGAAAAGUUCACGGAGAAAGUUGGGACUUCAGCCAAAUCUCCUUUUGGCUUGAACACUGGUCUUUCAAGAUGGCAACCUUACGCGCCGAAAGCUCACUCGAGAAGCGCGAAUGGCUGGAGUACGUGACUGCCGUCCAGCUUUGGACGUGCCUCUUACGUAUGGUGGACGCCAUGUCUAGAAGCUCCAGCGAGCAUCAAAGAGACCUAGCCGAAGGUCUGCAAACGCAACUCUACUACGAGAGUAGCACCUUGGCGCUCAGCCAGACAAUCAUGCGGAGCUAUAAAUCCGCAAGAAGCUUUGCUUGUCUUGAAGCGACUGUUGCGCUUGCAUACACAAUGCCGCGCAUGCUGGAGCGCUACUCCUCAGACAAAGAUAACCUCUACGUGAGGGCAAAAUCGCGCGUUGCAAAGGCUAAGGCUCGUGCGGCACAAGGGGAAGCAGAUGAUCAAGAGGUCGCGGAUUUGGAGAAGUCAGCGAAAGACCAUGCUGAAGUGGUCUACAAAGAACGACGCUUCGAGUUCGACAAGUAUCAGUCGCAUAUGUGCGCAUCCGAGGUUGCAGCUGCCGCCGUUGACUAUCUGAGCAGAUGGCGCGACUUCGAAGCGCCACAGGAGCAACUCUCGGCGGUCAUAGGGGUGAUCCACCGGAUUGCCAUUCGUGCGGCGAAGGUUCAGCUGUUCUACCCAUUCUUUCAUCGUCAGACACUGCGGACUCUUUCAGAAGGGCCAAUGCUGCCGGCUUUGGAGGGCAAAGCCCCCAGUGCAGUCAAAGACGCUCGCAAGAUGAUCCAAUACAUCAUGCACAAGUUUGACAAGCUCUCUGCAGAGGAGAAGCAGCACUACGAGAUGGACAAGACGCCACCAAAGCCUGUAAAAGAGCGCAAAAUGAAGCGAGAGAUCGCCAUCACACCUUCCCAGGGACAUAUCGAAGACAUUCGAAUCGCCGUAUCCCUUCUACUUGAGCUGAACAAGAUCCGCACCGUCAAUUGGAUCAGAGAAGGGCUGGAAUUAGCAAGUUCUGAGCGCGCACAGAUCAUUCGGGACGCGGAGGCCGAAGAUUAUUCAACGGAGCAACCAACUCUCGAGACGCUAUCUAAGUUUGCUGACUUCCCGGUCGCUGAACGCAAGCGAGCGUCACCUAUUUCAUCAGGCAUGCAAUACCCCAAUGAAGACAUCGCGAAUGACGCAACUUAUCUGCCGGAAGCCAAAAUGCUUUGUCGUCUCGUAGGUCUGUCCAGUGAUGAUGCCGAAAUUGGAGGAUGGCGCUGGUGGGUGCCUGCAAGCCUCUUGCCAUCCGAUCUAGAUAAAGACGCCAACUACAUCGACGAAGGAAUCCGCUUCCGAUUCGACACCGGAGGACUUCCCCUCCGAUCAUUCGUCAAGCUUGUGCCCAAGCCGCGCGCUCCUCGGCAAGGACGUGGCAAUCGAGCAGGGUUCUCUGAUGAGGAGGGCUCGCAUGACGAUGCUAAAAGAGCGAGCAGCGUCAUUGCGACAAGCGACGAAGAGGGCGGGGAUGCGUCCACCUCAAGAAAGCACGCGAUCCAGAAAUCUCGAGAGGCUGCCAGCGCUCGCAGACGCACUCGAAGCGGACCAGGUCAGCCUCGCAAGAAGAAUAGACUACCUGCAUGGACAAGGGGCGAUUUCAUCGAGGACUCGGACGAGGAAAUGGAGGCGGUUGCGAGGCUCAUCGCUCAGCGCGACGCUUCGAACGCCGAGUCGGGCAGCCUUGGCAACCAUGCUACCGAUGCUGAAGAACAUCGAAAUGAGCAAGGUCGGACCAUACGGCGAGUACGGAGCACCAACAGCGACACCGACGAUGCGUCAGACAGCGAUGAAGCUGGAUCACCGCGGCGCCCUCUUCACAGACGCAACUCAUCAAAUUCGAGCGGCCGUAGCAAAUCUGUCUCCACGCCAGCUACAAGCUCACCGGCAGCAGAACCAUCUGGGCUUGUCCGCAAGUCAGGCAGUUCAAGUCAGCGCAGUGACAGAUCCAGCCAAUCGAAUGCGAGGAGUGGUAGCGGUCUUUUCCUAGGGCAAGAGGAGAGCGAUGUUGAGAUGCAAGGCCAACAGACGGACGAGGAGUCGGUGUCGGCGCUCGGAAUGGCUAGCAAUGCAUCGCGCAACGCUGCCAAGAAGCGGGGAGCUUUGCUGGACAGCGAAGAUGAACGGGCGGACAGCUCGCUCGAAAAGGCAACCGGGAGAUUGUCCGUCUCGCCGGUCAAGACGCAAGCUCACGCCAAACGUAGACGCGCGAUCAUCGAAUCGGACGAAGAGGACGAGUAGUACUUUGAAAGCCGGCAUGGCCGACACCGAGACAAGUCGCACCAUUUCUCAUACAUGGCUUUGACACUGCGCUUGCCCAUCAUGCUGGUGCUAGUGCGCUCCUCUCGGCGUUACAUGACUUUUUGAUUCAAUUUGACAUUCCACUUGAUUAGAUGUUUCAAGAACGCGCCGAUAACAGACUGAGUACAUGUGUAAUAUGCCCUCAUGGA